AUGGAAAUCAGAGUAAAAUGUUGGGGGUCAUGGUUUAUUUUGUGUGCCGUCCUAAUUUUUGUGGGAACUUCCGAUGGACAUUUACAGGAGGACUGGAAAAACUAUGUGGACGUUCAACUUCGACUCUUACGCUCAGAAAUUUUACAAUAUGUGAAGGACCAUACUCUUAUUAUAAGAACUCUGUCUGCUCUUAACUGGCAUCUACGGACUCUCAAAAUGGACAUCAAACAGCUUGAAGCUGGGAGAAGUAUCUUAAAAGCACGGAUUGACUACUCAAUAUCCAAUGUUUCCCAUCACAUCGACAGUAUAGAGGACAAAUUAAAAGAUUUGGAAGGAUUAAUAGCAAGUCAUCAGUUGUCAACAAUGGCCCCUGACAAAGGAUCUUUAGAAAGUUCAGAGACUGUACAGAGACCGGCUCUGUCAAGUACGCUCGUACCCACGACGCCUAAAUCAACUACACCUGAACCGACAACGCCUAAACCAACAACAACAACGCCUAAACCGACGACAACGCCUAAACCAACUACGACACCGACGCCUACAACGCCUAAACCAGAGGGUCCAAAACUUCGUCUGGCUGGAGGGACAUCCGACAAAGGCGGCCGAGUGGAAGUGUACUACAAUGGACAGUGGGGGACUGUGUGUGCUGAUAACUUUGAUAAAUUCGAAGCAACCGUCAUCUGUAGGAUGCAGGGAUUUUCUGGCGGUUCUAUUCGUGUAUACCGACAGUCGUUUGGACCAGGUAGUGGCCCAAUAUGGCUGAGCAACCUUAGGUGUCGUGGGAAUGAGCAAUCCUUAUUUGCAUGUGGAUCAGCUGGAUGGGGCGUGCACAACUGUGGUCACUAUGAAGACGCAGGGGUUCAAUGCUAUUGACACCAUUCUCCAGUAUUUGAAAUAGGUCAAGGACAAUGUCAACUGGAAUCCGAUCAAGGUCAUGAUAUGGGGUCAUGAAGGACAAAGUGUGCCUAUUUUUUGAA